AUGGACGAUUCACUUUACGAUGAAUUUGGUAACUACCUUGGACCUGAGUUACCUGACUCCGAUGAGGAAGAAAUGGCUCCUCAACCUAUGCAAGAAGUUGAAGAUCUAUAUGAAGAAGGGGAAGAAGACGUUGGUGGCCCAAGUAUGGCGCUUAUGGAAGUAGACGAUGUUCCUCAGACUCAAGUUAUUCUUCAUGAAGAUAAAAAAUAUUAUCCGAGUGCUGAAGAAGUUUAUGGUCCUGAGGUGGAAACUUUGGUUCAGGAAGAAGAUACUCAACCUUUAUCAGAACCUAUAAUUCAACCAAUAAAAAUAAAAAAGUUUCAACUAGUAGAAAAAAAUCUUCCAGAAACAAGAUUUAAAAAAGAAAAUGUUGCUAUUGUCGGUCAUUUACAUCAUGGUAAAACUUCUUUUGUUGAUAUGUUGGUUAAUGAGACCCAUUCUUCGGUUGCAUGGGAUGUGGAUAAGCAGGUUACUGCUGCACUUCGACUUUCUGAUGGUGCAGUGAUUGUAGUAGACGCGAUAGAAGGAGUCAUGGCUAAUAGUGAACGCGUUAUACGACACGUUAUACAAGAAAAUUUGGCGUUCACAUUGGUAGUAAAUAAAGUAGAUAGAUUGAUUUUGGAACUGAAAUUACCACCAAAUGAUGCUUAUUAUAAGUUAAAACAUACCAUUGAAGAAGUAAUAGGAGAAGAUGAAGCGACUUUAAAAAAAACCUUAGCUUCUCUGGGUAUCUAUCUGAAGGCUUCUCACUUUCAACUAGAUGUUAAACCAUUAUUGCGGAUAGUAUUGGACCAAUUCUUUGAAGUUGCAGAAGCAAUGCGUAAAUGCGAUUCGGAUGGUCCCUUAAUGAUUUAUGUGACAAAGUUAUAUAAUUCAUCUGACGCGUCAACUUUUGACGCGUUUGGUCGAAUUAUGAGCGGAUCGGUUAGAAAAGGUCAGACUGUAAGAGUUCUAGGAGAAGGAUAUUCAAUUGAUGACGAAGAGGAUAUGACUGUACAAGAAGUUUUGGAUGUUUGGAUUUUUGAAUCUAGAAUUGGUGUGGAUGGUGUACCCGCUGGAAAUUGGGUGCUCUUAGGUGGUGUUGAUAAUUCCAUCGUGAAAACUGCGACCAUUACUGAAAACUCUGAAGAAGAAGGGCACAAAUAUAUCUUUAGACCUUUGUCAUUUGUUACAACUGCUGUGCUUAAAGUAGCUGUUGAACCAGUCAAUCCUUCUGAAUUGCCUAAAAUGUUGGAUGGUUUACGAAAAAUUAAUAAAAGUUAUCCUAUAUUAAUAACAAAAGUCGAAGAAUCUGGUGAACAUAUUAUUCUCGGGACGGGUGAAUUAUAUUUGGACUGUGUUUUACAUGAUCUUCGAAGAAUGUAUGCUGAAAUAGAACUUAAGGUUUCGGAUCCUGUGCCAUUAGAAAAAGGUGUCGCCGAGGACAUUGAAGCUGGUAGAGUAAGCUUAAAGUGGGCGGUUAAAGAUGUUGCAAAAUUCUUUGAAGAAAAGUAUUCUUGGGAUGUGUUGGCAUCUCGUUCAAUCUGGGCAUUCGGACCUGACGAUAAUGGUCCAAAUAUUUUGAUAGAUGAUACCUUGCCCGCUGAGGUAAACAAAGAUCUUAUGAAACUUGUUCGAGAUUCAAUACGACAAGGCUUUCAAUGGGGUACUCGAGAAGGACCUUUGUGUGAUGAACCUAUACGUAAUGUCAAAUUUAGGAUAUUAGAUGCCGUUAUAGCACCUGAACCUUUAUUCCGUGGAGGUGGUCAAGAUAUUCCAAAAGCAGGCUCUCCACUAUAUACUGUCAAAGCUUAUAUUCCUGUAAUUGAGGCAAAUGGAUUUGAAACAGACUUAAGAACUCAUACACAAGGACAGGCAUUUUGUCAACAAAUGUUUGAUCAUUGGCAGAUUGUUCCUGGUGAUCCGUUGGAUAAAAGUAUCAUUCUUCGACCUUUGGAACCUAGUCCGGCGCAACAUUUAGCUAGAGACUUUAUGGUGAAAACUCGAAGACGUAAGGGAUUGUCCGAAGAUGUUUCCGUAAACAAGGCGUCUACUAACGAAAACAUAGACGAAAAACCAGAAUUUAAGGCACAUUUCUUGGAACAAUUCACAAGUGACUGGUCAAGCCGAUGGUCACCCAGUAGUGCAACAAAAGAAACCAAAGAAGGAGGUGAAACCUUUAGUUACGUUGGAAAAUGGGAAGUCGAAGAACCUCGCGUCUUUGCUGGUAUAAAGAAUGAUCACGAUGGACUCGAAUGUGGUGGUGCUUAUUUAAAACUUUUGACCGAAUCUGACAAAGGGAUUCAAGCAGUAGAAUUCUCAGAUAAAACACCUUAUACGAUUAUGUUUGGACCUGAUAAAUGUGGUAUGCACCAUCAGCAACAAUUAGCAAACUCAGUACUUUAUAUGGUCUUGUCACCUAAUAACACGUUCGAAAUUCGCGUUAAUAAUGAAUCAGUUAAGACUGGAGAUCUCUUGAAUGAUUUUACACCUGCUGUAAAUCCACCAAAAGAAAUUGAUGACCCUAAUGGUACGGAUGAGGAUGCACCAUACGAAAUUCCUGAUGAGGAUGCCAAAAAACCAGAAGGAUGGCUUGAUAAUGAACCUUUGAACAUUCCAGAUCCAGAAGCCAAAAAACCUGAUGACUGGGAUGAUGAAGAGGAUGGUGAUUGGAUCCCUCCAACUAUAUCUAAUCCAAAAUGUGAGGAAGCACCUGGUUGUGGUGAAUGGAAACGUCCAAACAAGAAUAAUCCUAACUAUAAAGGAAAAUGGUAUGCUCCACAGAUUGAUAAUCCAAAAUAUAAGGGUCCAUGGGCACCUCGUAAAAUUCCAAAUCCUGACUUCUUCGAAGACUUGACUCCUUCUAAAUUUGAAAAAAUCGGUGCUGUUGGAUUUGAACUCUGGACUAUGCAAGGCAAUAUUUUGUUUGACAACAUUUAUAUUGGCCACUCUGAAGAGGACGCACGAGAACUUGCUGAGGAGACAUGGGGCGUAAAAUAUAAAAUUGAAAAGGCAGAAGAAGCUAAAGAAUAUCCUCAGGACGAUAUUGAGACUCCUCAUACAUUAAUCGACACCAUACAAAAACAUGUCAACGAAUUCCUUGAAAUUUUCCUCGAAGAUCCUUGGGAAGCUCUCAAAGAAAAACCCGAAGUUGCGGCUGGUUUGGCAGUAUUAGUCAUCAUAUUAGUUUUACUUCUCGGAGUAUUGGUUAAUUUAUUGUCACCACCAAAGAAGGCUUCUGCACCACACAAAAAGAAUGACGCCAUAACUCCUGAUGAUAAAGAUGCCGAUAAAGGCGAUGCAAGCACUUCAAAAGAUAAAGAUGAGGGUAAUGAAGGUGAUGGAACAAAACCUACAAGACGAACAAAAACUCCAAAAACUCCAAAAGACACUUAA